UUUACUGAGGAAUUCAUUUUAUUUGUAAAUUACAUUUUUUGUUUAGGUUCUAUUUUUUUGUUAGUUGGUUGAUUUAGUUCUCAUUUCCUGUUUUAUUUUAUCACACACUCUGCUCGUGUUUCAUCACUUACUGUCUUUGUGUGUUCUCUUUUCCUUGUGAGGUGUGCCCGCCCUUAUUGUUCUCACCAGUGUCUGUUCCUUUCCUUCUGCCAGUUUGUUUCAUCCACCUUGCUCCUUGUGGUUAUUGUUUCAUGGCUCCUCCUGUUUUCUCACCUGUUUUGUUGAAUUUUUAGUUAAAUUGGACAUUUCAUUACGGACUCUGUAAGUAGGAGACAAUCCUGGUUUAAACCAUGUACACUUCAAGCUUCCUGUGUGCCUUCGGCCUCCUGGCUGCUCUGCAGCUACCUGGCUCUAUGGCGGAUAAUCAAGUCACGGUAAAUCCUGGGGUCACUGGCAAGGAUCAGCAAGAGAUCCUGGACAAGCAUAACGAUCUAAGAAGGGCAGUUACCCCUACCGCUAGCAACAUGGUGAAAAUGACCUGGAACAACAAAGCUGCAGAAAUUGCUCAAAAGUGGGCCAAAACCUGCCCCAUGCAACACAGCUCAUACCUCUUCAGAAAGAUCAAUGCUACCUCUUGUGGAGAGAAUCUGUUCAUGUCCAGCCACAGGCUAACCUGGAGCAAAGUCAUCGAUUCCUGGUACAGCGAGGUGAAAGACUGGGAAUUCGGAUCUGGAUCGAUCAAUGAUGGAGUGGUUGGACACUUUACACAGGUUGUUUGGUACAAGUCUCACAAAAUUGGCUGUGGUUUGGCCUACUGUCCAGACUCUAGAUUUAAGUACUUCUACGUCUGCCACUACUGCCCAGUUGGAAACUACAAUUUAGCUCGCCCCUACAAGACUGGAAAAAGCUGCGCAGACUGCCCCGACAACUGUGACAACGGACUGUGCACCAAUCCAUGUCCAUACAAUGACAGGUUUGAGAACUGUCCUAUGUUCAAAAUGUAUUGCGAGGUGUUCGAUUUUGUUAAACAGUACUGUGGUGGCACGUGCAAGUGCAAAACUGAGAUUGUUUAAAUUACACGUCUACAUGUCACCUGGCUCAUCCAGUCUGUUUCAAUAAA